AUACGUAUAUAUUUCGAAAUCUGGGUCCAAGUACUAGUAGAGUGAAGGCAUGUCGUCGUCAAAUCCCUCAACCGCCGGCGGCGUGGAGAAAGCAAACAAAUCACUGGGCUUCGUCGCCAACGCCAUCAAAAGAAAAGACAGCUUCUUUCAGCUCUUCGUCAUGACCGGAAUUUUACUUCUCAGUCUCCGCUCCGCCGGCCAAAAGUACCGCCUUUACGAGCUCGAAGAAGACCACUACGCCCUCCAAGAAGAACAGAAAAGCCUCAAGGAGCGUAUCGAUCACAUCAAAACUAGUCUCCUUGCUGAAGCCGCUCUCGAACCCUCCGGCCAUUUCGCCAACAGGCUUCGCAUUCUGUUUGGUAAUGAUAAUAACAACUGAAUUAUAAAAAUUAGGGCUUUUUUGUUUUUCAGUUGACAACGUGAUUUGGUUGAGAUUUAACAAGUUAGUUGCGUAUUUUUGAGUAAUAAUUUGAUGCUAUUAUGUUAUGGCGUUUCGAGUAAGGGAAAAACUAUUAAGUGGAGUAUGAUUUAUGCAGUUUUACUGAUGCUGUAUCACACUUUGUAGAAUUUUGAAUUGUUUGUAAGUUUUGAUAAGAGUUGCACGCCUAGGCUCUAGGGGUUCUUGCGCCUUGCUCCUUCUGUAACGCUCGGGAAAACUACUGUGAUUUUGUUCAUGACUAUUUACCAUGCUAUUCUUUUACUAUCA